CUGCAUACCCGCCGAUCACCGCGAAUCUAAAUUCAGCUUCGGUCAACAACCCUCAUUCCGGAUACGCGUUUCUUAAACGCGACAAUUCGUUACUGUUUUAGAUUGAGAUGCAUGCAAUUCUUGGAUUGGUGGAAUUUGAUGGAUUUAUUACGGGGAAAUUUGGAGGCACGGAGCGCGUAUUGGAAAUUCAUGCUACGACGUAGAAUGAAAGCAGACUGACUACGAUGCCGUCGAAAUAUUUGAUUAUCGCCAUAUCGUUAAUAUGUGUUACAGAAUGCGCGACUCAAGUUUACAAGAGUCAGUCAGUCGAGACUGCUGUAGUAAUCAAACCACCGGCUGUUGUGAACGACGAUUUCAUUACACAAACCGUUUACGGAUUCUUGGAUUUCACUACAACAAUUGGAAAUACGGUGAUGGUGUUCAGCCCACAGAGCGCGCCUGCAGACGGUGAAAAAGAAAAAGAAAACGGCGUUUCCAUUAUCCAGACGAAACCGAGCGAGACGAAGGAAAAGGCGGCUGCUGCUAUUCAACCGAGCAAGACACUGAAGACAAGUUCCGAGGAAGAAACGAGGAAACAAGCUAAAGGCACGAAAGUUGUGGUGAAUUCUGUGAUCGAGCAGAAUGUCAUCAAUUCCGAGGAUAAUGGAUUACGAACAGCAAAAAAUCAGGAACCAAAAACUCAAACACAGGUGAUGACAAAAGCUCCUGUGAUAUCAUCGCAAACACAGGUAAAAUCGAAGGAUGAGACGCCUGUCGUCAAGAAUAAUCUCGCGGAGCCUGAGUACGACUUUCUGUCGAAGCAGCCAGCAGAAGUAGUUGACGAAACGUAUAAGUUAAUUAAUCUAAGACCUUCCUCGAAAGCCCACGGUAAACCGAGACCAACAGGUAGACGAGAGAAAGAGAAUCCAACUGGCCUGGUCACGAAGCUCGGCGGCACUAUCGUUAAGGAUGGAUUGACUACCGUUCACGAGACUAGCGUGAUCGGCACGUACAUAAAUGGCAAGUACGCUCAGGUGCUUCAGAGCUCGUCGAGGAUUCUUUCCGGCACGCCGCCGGUCCCCGAGGGGAAAAUUCAUCCGUCUAGUACGCAAAGAAUCCUAAAAACUAUUGGACCGCAGCAGGGAAAGCUGAAACCGCAAUUAGAGCCUACACCGACGAAUCAGAAAGAAGAGCCAUCGUUGCCAUUGGAAGUCUUGUUUAGCGCCUCGCCUGGUUCCACGGUAAGAAGCACACGAAAAAACUCGAGCCCGAAUUUAUCCCGACCAAAGUUCCGCAACAAGAUCAACGAUGACUACGAUGGCAGUGGCGAAGUGCAACAAGCGAAACCAAAUAAAAAUCGAAGCAGCACUACUCCACGACCAAGUUACAAGAACCGAAGCCCUCCAACGACAACCACAGAACCACCUGUUACUCGUCGUCGCAGCAGCUUCCGGCCAAGCAACCAGCCAAGUCUACCGUCGAAGCAAACUAACAAAAACAGAAGCGAGCAACAACCGGCCAGUCCCAAUCCUGUGCCCAAGUUGAAGCUACCAAGAACCCAAGGCCGUUGGUCUUACAAGACGACUCCUAAGCCGAGAAUCGCCAUCCGAAAGCAAGCCGACAUCGAGGAGGAACAACGUUCUACAAUAGAAAGCAGUACAACCGAGAGCCCGGUGAACGUCGACGACAACAAAACUACCGCAUCCUCCGUUUCCACGUCCACAACGACGUCAGCGGUUCCAGCUGGUCAACAAGUCAAUGCUCAGAGAAAAAUUCAGGAAGGGGUGAACGACGAUGAAUUAGAUCCGAGCGAAAGCGAGGACGUCGCCAGUGUCAGCGUUCAGGAUCAUCCUGAACAAAUUUUACCGGUCGAAACAAUCAAUCUCGAGAUUUCCACAAUCGCCGAUAUGAGCAACGUGUACUUUGAAAUUGCUACUAUUAAAUCGCCGUAUACUUUUCAGGUCGGGACGUUGAAAAAUACUCGCUACGUGACAGUAACUUCAACGAUAAAGAAGUCGUUUCAAACGAUAGAUCCAUCCAGCACAGUAUCGCCAUCGGAACCUCUGACCGAGAAUCUCUUGGCAAAUACUGCGGCAGCGUAUGAAACGACACUGCCGUUAGACUCGGCGGUGGCAACUCUGCCGGCUAUAUCUUUAGAAUCUGGCCAAGCGACUCCACCUUUGGAGACCUUGACCGAGACCUUCUCUACUACCCAAACUCUUCUCAAGACUCAUCUGCUUCCAGUAAUAUACGGCGGUAACACGACCAAACUGACGCUCGUGCAAACGUACAACAUCGCACGCGUGGUCACUGCUACGAAGACACUGCCGCCGAUGGACAUCUAUCAGUUCAUUCCCAGUAAAGCGUUGAACGAGUUCAACUCGAAGCUGGACGAAGCAGGUAGCGAACUUCAUCUGGAGUUGGACGUCGGUGACGAAGACAGGGACGACGAUGACAUUCCCAAAAGAGUGGUGGCUCCUAACAGCGACACGGACUCCGACUUAGAGCCCUUCAAAUCCGUUUCGUCCUCGAAGGUAAAGUCAGAAACACCGAGCAGCAGUUCCAUUGAACCACAACUGACGCCUGAUCAGCUGGCUCUGUUGAAGUAUUUCGGUCAGCAGCAGCCACAAGUGAUCACCACUUCUCGGCCGGUUGUCGUUCUCGACACGCUCUACGAGUCUCACGUGAUCCCGGUAGUGAACAACGGCAACACCAUUUACUCGACGUUAUCCAGGCCAGUCGGCACUGUGCCACGGACAUCUUAUGAAUACGGCACGUCCACAAUUGCUCCGGUCCUGCCACCGCAAUUACCGCCGCAAUUGCCACCGCAAUUGCCGCCGCAAUUGCCACUGUUUCCACAACAGCCGCAAUUCACAGUGACGAGCGCCCCUCUGGUCACGCAAACGCUCGCUACCGUGUCCGAGUCGAAAAUUUUGAAGCUGACGUUCGGAGCGAAAACGGCGUACACCACGUUGUUCUCCAGCAGAGUGGUGCCAACCGAGAUCACCACGUACGUUACGACCACCUUACCUGUACAACCGUCAGUCCCAGCCUUUCCAGGUUACUAUCCUCCGCCUGUCGGCUAUCCAGCUUUCCCCUUCGUAGGAUAAGGCCUCGUCGAUUCGCGCCAAGCGUGCAGAGUUGUUCCAAACGUAUCGAGAGCCGAAGAAUGUUAUUUUCCAAGGAAUACAAAUCCGAAAGAAGAACAAAAUAAUACAUUUGCAUCGGAUCAAUCGGAAAAUGUUAAAGAAAGUGAUCGAAAGGCACCAGAUGAUGAUAAUGUUGAUGAUAUAUUUGAUAAGUAUAACAUAUAAAUUGUUCAGGAACAUACAAGUAAAUGAGAGAAAUUACAAUUAUUGAAGGGUAAAUAAAGAAAAAUAAGGAACGUGAUAUUUUAUCAAUUUUUUAAUACUCUAGUCUAUCGAACAAAGAAGAAAGUUCUAUGAGUUUGAUUGUAUUAUUCGUAAUAUAAUUGAUAACUUAAUUAAAUAUUAGAAAUUAAAUUAAAGUUAUAAUUGUGAAUAAAGCAUGUUGGCCAUGUAAAGCCAUAAAAUGUAGACAUUCCCUAUUUUCUCGUCUUACCCUUCAAUGAUCAAAUUAAAGUUUGGAAUGUACAAUUCAGUUGAUCAAUUCCAAUUUGUCUUUUUUUUUUUUUUUGCCGUCCAAACAUUACCUUAGCAUAAUCUUAUUUAAGGUAUUUAAAAUCUAGAACCUAGUAUUAGUACGCAAGAUACAAUCUAUUACUCUGACUUUCGAGGAAUAGAGUGUAAAUGAUAACACGGAAUAUAAAGCGAAAGUACAUAAGUAGGUGACCAUUGUGUUUCUCAUCUUUAAUCGGCACACGCGUUUGCCAUUCUGGUAUCCAAUGUGUUAAAACUUGCUUUUUGUUCAUGCAUUAUGAGUGACACGUACGUCACAUUGUAACACAUGACCAAUUGAAUCAAACAAAAGUAGAACAAACGCUUUAAGCUUUUCAUUGCAAAAGUUUCAAUAUUUGUCUUAAUGUUGCUUAUUAUAAA